UCAGGAAGCCGGAAAUGGUGUAGAAACAACAUGGUGAAAGUGUGAUGUUAUAUUUGCGGUGUGUAUACAUGAGUUAAGAGGUUCCACACAUCGUUUAAAAGAAGUGUUCUACUUUUAGGAUGUAAACAACAGUUUGUAAUACGUUUCGUUCUUAUUAUUGUAUACAUUUCUGAUUCUUGUGGGGUCUUCUUUCGGUUUUCAUGUAUAAAACCGGCACUUGAUAUGUCCACUCCGGCGGUAUCGUCUGUUCAUCAGGCGCUACAGAAAAGCUUCAAGAAUCUGGAAAACUGUCAGAAAGUAUGGAAGUCUGCGUUGACUGAGUGCAGCCCUCUGCUGGAGUCUCUGGGGAAUUUGGCGGAGCAGUCGAAGGCGCUGUCCAACGUUCAACUCUCUGACACACCGCUCAGAGUUUUCCCUGACCUGGAGGAUCGUCUGCGUUUCAAACUCUUACAAGCCAUGGAUACUGUGCUGGGAAAACUCAACGACAAGCUGUCCUCCCUCCAGUCUGUCAGAGACACCAUCAGCAGCCAUGCCUCCGGAGUCCUCCAGCUGUACGAGCUGCACGCAGACAGUCUGGAUCUACUCGCGGUGACUGAACGUUCGGCCACCACGCCGUCCAUCGCUGACAUGCUGGGCUGGCUGCAGGACGCCGAGCGUCACUAUAGACAGCAAUUUCUGAGGAGAAAAGCUGUGCUGCAGAUGCUCAGGGUCGACAACCUCUCCCUAGUAGAGUCUGCUCCUCAGAGAUGGAAGUCUUUGGAGUCUGCGAGUGCAGAAGACUGUAUCACAGAUAUACUCUGCAAAGUAUCUUUCUUCAUGGAGUCUGAAUUAGGAAAGUAAAAGAAGUGAACUUUUUUUAUGAAGAACGCCAAGAAAAGAAGACUAACGACAGACUGUUUAAUCAGUUUUUCUGAACUGGACUUGAGUGCUUAGGUGAGAUAUGGACUUUUUUGGAUGGGAAGAAGACAACAUGAUAAUAAUAUGCUUCCAUGGCACCAUUUCCAUCACAUGUCUGUCAUUGCACAAAUCACGCUAAGCAAGUGUAUGUGAAGAGAAACCCAGCACAGAAAAACUCACUUUA